AUGGUUUACCACUCGCCCAUUUUUCCGCUCCACGAUGACACCAGUCUCUCGAUUCCGCAAUUCAUGACGCGAUAUAAUCCCGACGAGGUGCCCGCAGACAAGGUUGUUCAUACUGAUACCUUUUCCAAUCAGCCUAUUACCUAUGGCUCCCUCCGCGCGCAUGCUGGUCGUGGUGCCUGGGGCUUGCAGAAGUUGGGAUUGCGGCCAGGCGACGUCGUGCUGGCAUUGGUAAACAACUGUAAUGAUUUUGUUCUUCUGGCUCAUGCAACGUGGUGGGCGGGUGCAGUUUUCGCUCCUCUCAAUAUAUCAGCAACGCUAGAGGAUAUUUCGCAUGCUCUUCAGAUUGUCCAGCCAACCUAUGUCGCCACUAUCCCGGCAAAGCUCGACCUCGUCCAGGCCGCGUUGGCUUCCAGGUCAAUGACGAAAACAAAGAUCUUGACUGUUCUUGGUAGACUAGAGAACUUUCCGCAGUUCCCAGAUGAUAUUAUCGGCAAAAGUGACGCGGAAAGCUUACCACCCUAUGACCUGCAGGGCAGAAGCUCCAAGGAUGUGACCAGCACUAUAUGCUUUUCGUCCGGAACGACUGGAAGGAUAAAGGGCGUGCAGCUCUCUCAUUACAACCUUAUAAUGAACUCUAUCAUAAUGCGUAUUUCCAUGCCAACUCGAGUCAACUCUACUGUAAGAGAGGUCUUUUUUGCGCCGUAUUGCCACAUAUAUGGCCUAAGUAUCGUGGUUUUGUCUGGCAUGUCGGUUGGAGCCCUAUAUUGCGGUCUUCCAGCAUUUGACCUCGAAACGUUUUGCCAGCAGUCGAGCGAACUGAAGGUCACAGACCUGCAUCUUGUUCCCCCUGUGGCCCUUGCCCUGGCGACAUCGCCCGUCGCACAGAAAUAUGACCUGUCUUCCCUAAAGAGAAUUGUCAUCUCUGCCGCCCCUUUGAAAAAAUCAGUGCAGCUUCUGCUCAAGAAGCGGCUUCCGCAUACCAGCAUCUGCCAAGGUUAUGGACUCUCCGAGUGCUCCGGAGGUAUCAUACAUCAGGUAGACGAAGACGAGCUCGCUUUCGGAAGUGUUGGCAAGCUCUUUGCUGGAAUAGAUGGCCGAUUGGUAGACCCGAAAACAGGAUUGGAUGUCCGUCCGGGGGAAGAGGGUGAACUAUGGGUCCGUGGACCGACAGUAAUGACUGGUUAUGUCGGUGAUAAAGCAGCAACAGGACAGACCUUUUCAGGAGAGUGGCUCAGAACAGGAGAUAUCUUGAAGAUAGAUGAUCAUCAAAAUUUUUGGGUUACGGAUCGGCUGAAGGAGAUGAUCAAGUACAAGGGUUUCCAAAUCCCUCCCUCGGAACUUGAAGAUCUACUCUUGCGACAUCCAGACGUGGUCGAUGCCGCAGUCUGUGCUGUGUAUGACGAGGCUCAAGCUACCGAAGUGCCUCUCGCCUACGUGAGCUUGAACCCUACCAAGGUAGAUAUGCCGGAUUACGAAAAGCAGAAGGUCCUUCAAGGUAUCCGAAUCUGGACGGAUAACCAGCUGGCAGGCUACAAAAAGCUGAGGGGCGGCGUCUUCCACCUGCAGACUUUGCCCAAGACCCCAACUGGCAAGAUUUUGAGGCGGCUUUUACCUGCAAAGCUGAAGGAGAGAGAAGCCAAGCUUUAG